AUGGUAAUGAGGAAGGAUGUAAGUUUAAUUCUAUUACUGAGAAAAACAAUAAGUUAAAACCGCCAUUUUGUAUAUAUUGUACAUGCAUUUAUGUAAUAUGCAAUUACACGAAAUGACACGCCAAAAAAUUUAAGCCGAUUUUUUAAAUGAAACUUUCAGCCCAACCAACCUCUGAUUCUAGCCUGGAACACCUUAUAUAAUGAGAAAAUUUGGCUGGUCAAACCAAACAGCUGCCCUUACAAGUGCAACCUAACCUACGACAGAUCCAAAGAAUCUCAAGCCUCUCUCAUCAUGUUCCAUGCCCGAAAUACCCGUUCUUUCGACCUCCCCAGAUCAAAUGCGCCUCGAAUUUUCUUUUCCAUCGAACCCCCAUGGCUUUCGUAUCUGAGUCACGGGUCAUUGCCAAGCGAUUAUUUCAAUUAUACGAUGACUUAUAAGAGGAAUUCGGAUGCGAGAAUGAUUUAUCAACCAAGGUGGCCAAAAUACUUUAAUUUGAGCGAUGAAAAAGUUGGUUUUUGACAGUGUUUAUCGAAAAAUCACAAUUUUCUAGUUGGACGAAAUCAUCGCCAAAAAGACAAAACUGGCACUAGUAGCCUCAUCCCAUUGCCAAGUUGAAUCUAAACGAACGGAAAUGGUCAAACAUCUCCAGAAAUUCAUGGAAAUCACAACCCUCGGAAAAUGUUUCAAUAAUAAGCAAGCUUGUAAAGAUGGAUGUUUUAACAAGUUGAUGGGUAAUAGAACUUGUUUAACUCUCAAUAAACUUUAUUUCAGAGUCGCACUUCUUUUAUUUGGCUUUUGAAAAUGCGAUCUGUCCCGAAUAUGCGACCGAAAAGUUUACCCGAUUCGUAAAUUUUAUAGUCCCAGUGGUCUUCCGACGUUCUGUGAUUCCAAAAGAGUAUCCGCAAGAUAUUUUCAUUGCUAUGGAUGACUUCAAAAACACAGAGGAAUUCGUUGCCUACUUGAAGAUGGUCGCAUUUAACAAAGAAUUAUAUAAAAGGUAAGGGGUUCAAAAUUGCACCAAAUUAAAGUUUGGUUUUCGGAUGUGAAAAAUACUAUUUUUCUCUGGCUGUCUCUCCCCAUUUCCCAAAGCCUUUGAUACACUUUGAGGCUGCGAAAAAACGAAGAAAUCGGCCGAAAAACUUUUUCUAAAAUACAUGUUGUUUUACCCGUAGAUACCUCAAAUGGUCUCAACGACCAAAGCCGAAAAACGCCGUCGAGCCUGAAGAACUGACUUGUCAAUUAUGUCGACUAGCACACCUCCAACCACACAAAAUCAGCAAUUACAAGGAGGACCAUUCGCCCAAGGAAUGUGACCAAAAGUUUGUCCCUGAAUGGAUUAAACGCAAUGAAGAAAACGAAACAUAG